AUGGACUGUUCAAACGGUAGGUUAGGAAAGAAGGAAACAAAGGACAAGAAGGGCGUAACGGCGGACACGCCUGAGAAGAAAACAAAGGCAAAACGCACUCGUCACACCCCAGGCGUAGACCAUGCAUGCCAGUAA